GGAAGAUCUAGGUAUACUGCACAUGACGUUGCUCCAUAUUUUUGUUGAGCUGAUGACCAACCUAUUUAAUGCCUUCAAAUUUCCAGAGUCCGAGGAGAAUCAAUAUAUAAUGAAGUGUAUCAUGCGGGUUCUUGGGGUAGCAGAAAUACACCUAUUGUGAUGCGUGUUAUUCUUGCAUCAAUCCGUGGGACUGUGAAGGAGCUUGGAAAUACACCUAUUGUGACUUCUGGGCUAGUGAUGGAACUCUUGGCUGGGUCCAAGUUCAUUGAAGUGGACAACAGUUUCUGCGAGGAUCGUGCCCUCUUGGAAAGAGACACUGACAAAGACGGGAAGGUUAACUUUAAAGAAUUUUUUCAUGGGCUUUUUGACAUGGUGAGGAACUAUGAUGAAGAAGGUCACCAUUCUUCACAUCAAUUUGAUGAUUCAAUGGAGGCCCCAGCAAAAAAAUUGUUUGCUCAGCUUGACAAAGAUGGUGAUGGAUACUUGUCAGAUGUAGAACUACUACCUGUAAUUGGAAAACUUCACCCGUCAGAGAGUUACUAUGCGAAACAACAAGCAGAUUACAUCAUAUCACAGGCAGAUGCUGAUAAAGAUGGGCGUCUAACCUUGGCAGAGAUGAUUGAUAACCCUUAUGUAUUUUACAGUGCUAUAUUGAAUGAUGAUGAGGAUGAGGAUGACUAUGAGUACCAUGAUGAAUUCCGUUAAUUUCAUGCUAGGAUACAGGGAAAAACUUUGGUAGAAUUCAAAAUUAUUUUGGCUAUAUGGUACUAGUAAGAAAAAGCUCCACGACCUUGACGUAAAAUUUGCUCUUCCAAAUUGCCAUUUAUGGUUAAUCGCCAUGUGGUCAUAAGUCAUCUUGUACCCCCAGUUUUACCGUCAGAUAGUUCUUGGCGUCAUUGUUGUUCAUUAGAUAUGAAUGUCAGCCCACUGUGAAGAGUGACUUACACUAGAUUGAUAGCUGGAAUAUUAAUUUUGUGGCACACAGUUGUUAGAUAUUCUGAUUUUUUUUAUAUUCUUGGGGUUUUUACUUUUUGAAGGCUUUGUUACUCUGCAUAUUUUAUCAAGUUGAGUUGUACAUGUAUGAUAUUAUAAAAACAUUUAUCUCCAUUAGUUGUUCCAAGUGGAAGUAGUUUUAAUUGUUA